UUAACAAAUGUCAAACUACUUCACUUGACAGAAGAUGGACUCUGUAAGAGUCACUACAUUAAAGCACUGAUAUUGUUUGUUAAUCAUCUGCCUGACUGCUGUAGUGCCUCUCAUCUAUUGUGGCACUGCAAUGGACUCAAGUGUGAUGGAGAUAAUAGAAGAAUUCACGGAGAGUGCACUGGUGCAUUGGGUUCAUCUCUUUGAGAAGAUGGUGGAGAUGGAGAACGGUGUCUCACUCGACAGGCAGUACAUCGAAGUGAACUCCGAUUCCCAUAAUUCCCGGGACUGCUACCUCAGACUGACCAAUGGGAUUUUCCUCAAUGAGGUCAUGAGGAUCAUAGACCCCAACCCGAGAGUGGAGAGGUUGUACGACAGCGACAUGGACGACUACAUGCAGAGAAUACAGAAUUUCUCCAUCUUAAAUCGACACCUCCGAGCCUUCUACCAGGAGGACCUGCAGCAGUUGAUACUGAUGCCACUCCCAAACGUUGCCAUUUUGGGCCAGGACCCCUUCACAGAGGCAGCUGUGGAGGAACUUAGACGCUUGCUGCUGCUCCUGCUCGGCUGCGCUGUGCAGUGUGAACAUAAAGAGAUGUUCAUUCAGCAGAUCCAGUCUCUGGAUAUCCAGGCGCAGGCUACGCUCGCCGUCUGCAUUCAACAGGUGACUCAAGACCCGCGCUCGGUGCUGCCGCUCCAGUGGGAAGAGUUGCUUGAGGUGGAAGGUGCAGAUCUAAAACUGGUGUUUAGCUCCAUGGCCAAACAGAUACAGAGUAUGCUUGCCCAGAGAGACACAUACCUGGAGCGCAUCGCAGAGUUGUGUCGUGAGCGGGAGGCCCACGCUGACUCACCCUCGGCGCCCCUGGGUGGUCACAAUGACGAUCCUCCCCAAGGUCUGGCACUGCAGCUGGCAGACAGCAAGGCCAAAGUCCGCCGCCUGAAACAACAACUGGAUGAUAAAGGUGAUCAGUUAUUAGACUACAAGCAGGAGAUUCACAUGAUGGAGGAGCAACUAAAAAAGCUUCAGCAAAAGAACCGCUCCCUGCAGAGCGAGUCUAGGGGCCUACGUGUUUUGCGGGAUGAGCUGGAUUGCGCCCGUGAGAGAGCGGCGCGGUCUGAGCAACAUCAGAAUGAGCUCCAGAGCUGUAAACAUAGACUGCACAGCUUGGAGGUGACACGCACUCAGCUCAAGGAGCAGCAGCAGAUGUGUGCGGCCCUGCAGGAAGCCAAAAUUCUUUUGGAGGAACAGCUGGCUGACGUGAGGGCCCGAUGCUCCACACUGAGGGAGCUGGAGAAGGACAACCUGCUGCUGCGUCAGCGGAUUAUAGACAUAGAAGUGGAGCGUGACACAGAAAGGCAGCGUGUUGAUGAGCUACUGGAGCUGAACAUGAGCCUCGAGGCGGACCUGCGGCAGUGCGGCGGCAGCAGUAACGCUGGCAUUCCUGCCGCUCACCAUCGUUUCCUCCAAUCAGAGGAUUCUGACGAGGAGCUGUGUGAGCUGAUUGACCAGAAGCCUCUGAGUGUGGAAGUUGGCGAGGCCUCGACACUGAUGCUGCUGGGAGCAGAGCAGGAGAACGCCAGGCUGAGGAGAUGUCUGGAGGAGCUACAGGCCCAGCAGGAGUUUCAUAAUCUGAAGAAUGAAAAUGCUACUUUGAAGCUGCGACUGGAGGAGCUAAUGGCCAGCCUGCAGCGCACAGAAGGCAAGCAGGAAGACGUAGGAGCGAAGCAGUUGGACAGAAAGGACAGGGAGAACAGCGAGAGGGGCGUCCAGGGAUCUGAAUCCUGCAGGGGAGAGUGUGAAGGCAUGGUGAGGUUGACAGAGGAGAAGGAGCGCAGACGGGAACUCAUGGUGACGCAAAGGGAAGCAGGAGUCGGGGAAGAGAUUCUCCAUGUUAAAGGAGAGAAAACAGAACCGCGUGAUGCGGCGAUCCAACCCAAAAGAAGAGGAGAAGCAGAAGGCGACCAUAUCGACAUUCAAAAGCAAAAUGAGUCGAACAAUGAAACGGCCACAUUAGACAUCCAAAAUAACGGAAGUCAACAAGAACCCAAGGCUAUAGAACAGGCUACCUGUGGCCUUCCUGGUGCUGAUGCUGCUUUGACAAGGUGUCUCCACAAGGCCCAGGAAGAGGCUGACAGGCAGGCUGUGGUGGCCCAGGACCUGCGCUCCAAGCUAGGGGAUCAGAGCAGGAAGACGUGGGAGGCAGAGCAGAGGCUGACGCUCCUGGAGGCCGAGUUGCAAUACCUGAGGAAAGCUGCGGAGAAUCUCGGGGAGGCUCGAAGGCAGAUCGAGGUUCUACAGUGUGAUGCCGGGGUCAUGGAGGAAGAGCUGUGCCGCCUGCGGAGUCAAGCCGAGCUUCACAGCAUGCAAACGACAGUCAUCGCCAGCCUGGAGGGGGAACGGGCAGCAUUGGAGAGAGACAGGGACACGCUGCGUGGCACCGUGGAUGCCCUCCGCGCUGUUCAGCGCAAGAGCGAACAGUUAGCGUUGACCACUCAGGCACUCAAGGCUGAGGUGGAACGUCAGGGUCGUGCUUUGGAGACUUCUCGCCACCGAGAAGAAGAGCUGGAGGCGGAGGUACGUGAUGCCGGACUGGAGGCUCAAAACGCAUCGCGGGCCCGGGACCAGGCGCUGCUGGACGUGUCACGCCUGGAGCAAGAGAAAGACACGUGCCAGUCAGAGCUGGAUGGCCUGCGGAAAGAAGCGAGGCAGCGGGAAAGGGAUGCGGUGAGACUCAGACAGCAGCUGCAGAGCACUAAUGUGGCGCUGGAGCACAGCAACCAGAGAGUGAGAACCUUGGACGCUGAUCGCAGGACCGUGUGUCGGGAGCUGUCUGAGUCGAAGGAGCUCUGCACUCGCCUCCAGAAGCUGGAGCAAGAGCUCGUCACUCGGUUAAGCAGCCUGGAGGAGAGUAAACAGCAGUUGGAGGAGCAGUACGCAGACGCACAAGCCAAGAAUCAGUCAUUGUUGCAGGAUCUGUCCAAUGAGCAGAUUCGUUCUCAGAAUCUUACUUCUGAAGUCCAGCACCUCAGCCAGAAGCUCCAAACAAACGAAACUCAACUAAACGCCGCAAAGGAAUCUCUCAACCAAUCACGGGACAGAACAGAGCCACUCGCUCACCUUCUGAGUGAACGUGAGCCUCAGCUCCAGAUGGGAAAUGAGGAUGAAGCGCACGUUUGUCCGACUGACCGGCGGGAGGCGUGGACCUCGGAUCGAGACAAAGGUCACGACCUUUCUGUGUCACCCCAUGAAGCCACAGGAGAGCGAGAGAGGCAGCUCACUCGCAGGUUGCUGGAGCUGGAAAAAGAGAGAGCCGUGGCGCUUGCAGGACAGGAGGCUUUGUUGUCGCGUCUGUCUCAGUCCCAGGAGACGUGCGAGCACCUGAGGGAGCAGCUGGAGGCGCUACGACGACACUCACUCAGCCUGCAGGACUCGUGUACUCGACUGCAGACGCUCAACACUCAGCUACAGGUGGAACAAGCAACUGUAAACUCCCAGCAUGCAGCGUCACUGGCGCGCCACAGCGAGAGCGAGGCCCGGUGUGCAGCUCUGGAGGCGGAGUCUAAGGUGUGGGCACGGGAGCGAGAGGAGUCAACUGCCAGGGCGGAGACCCUCAAGCGGGACCAUGAGCGACUGACGGUGCUGCAACAGCGUCAGGAGACAGAGCUGGAAGAGCUUCUAGACAAACACUCGCGCCUACGGAGCAGCAGCCGCAGUCUGGAGGCGCAACACAGGGAGCUGGAGGCCAGCUACAAAGAGUUGCUGGGUACUAAAAGCCAGCUGGAGGAGAGAGAGCGAGAGAUGAAAAUGGAGCGAGAGAAGAUGGAAGCAGAAGCCCAGAGUCGACUGGAACAAGAACGAGAGUUGGAGAGGCUGAAAGAGGACAGCGAGAGGCUCCAGGCCCAGCAUAAAGAAUUGGUUGCGUCCCAAGCAGAGCUGCUGGCUCAGGGCUCCUUGUUGAGAGGGGAGCUGAGUGCCUCCCUGCUAGAGAGGACUCGCCUGGAGGGGGAGCUCAGCACCUUGAGGGAGGCCAACCAAAGUCUGGACCUCAGCAAUGCCCGCCUCACCAGCCAAUUUCAGCUACUGACCCAGCUGAAGGGCAACAUGGAAGAGGAAAACCGCCAUUUAGCCGAGCAGAACCGCAGUCUGCUGAGCGAGAACCGGGCCUUACUGGAGCAAAGCCUGGAACGCCGUGACCAGCACUAUACGCAGCAGAAAGAAUAUCAGGAGAAGCUGAGCGAACUCCGUCGGGAGAAGCAGAAGCUGGUGGAGAAGAUUAUGGACCAAUACAGAGUCCUGGAGCCCAACGUGCAACCUCCGCCUUGGAAGGCCAAGAAAUCUAACUGGAUUGCAGACCGCAUGAAAAAGCUCAUCAAACCCCGUGGCGGAGCGCGGGAGGGGCGCAGCCACAUCACGGCCGCCGGCAGCGUGGAGAACCUGGCCGACAGAGCCCAAUUCACAUCCGACACGCCUCAGCGUGAUCCUUGCAGUGCGCCGGGUUCUCCAUGUCCCUCGAGAAUUUCUUCUCCCACUAAUCUGGUCCCACGCUCCGGCUCCGGGGGUCGUCGUAAACUGGGAUCCCGUCACGGUUGGGGUUUGACCAGAGGUGGCGCCGGAGUUUCUCAAUCCUUCAGUCCAGGCGACCAAAAGACCCCGCCUCGCCUCCGCCUGCUUUCCGGUCAGAACACCUCCGCGGUCGUCUGGGAGAGAGAGAGCGUCGAAACAAGCGCACUCCAGCAGGCAGCGGAGGCCAAAGUGAGCAAUCAGGAGAGCCCUGAGGAGGAGACAAAUGGAGUCUUUUCCAUUUUACAGGUCAACGUUCCAGCAAUGACACAUGAAAAUGAUUCACGGACUGACUCAACUCCCUUUAUUUCUAUUUAACAAGUUGCACUUACAGAUUGUUUUCAGGCAUUUGUUCGAUUUACUGUUUUGAAUAAAUAUUCUUCACUGUAUUUUAAAUAUAAGUACAAAGAAAUCCAGCUCACUGAAAAUGGUAUUCAUUUUUGUCCUUUUAAAUUAAUACCAUACAUUUUAACAUUACAGUAUUUUGCUAUCUAUCAGUUAUCCAGCCACCAGCAACAUUUUCUUACAAAUAUUUCAAUACAUUCCCAACAAAAUGUAGUUGUAGACCAAAAAAAUGGUAGUGUGAUUGAAAAAAAAAGACAGUAUAUAAAGUGGUAUAAUAUUGUUUUCCAUGCAUUUUGAAGUUCCUUUUCAUGUUUAAUUCGCCCUACAUACAAGAGCCAAUCAUGGUGGUUUGGCGACCAAGAAGCCUAAGUGCACAAAGAGCAUCUUGGUCUUUGUCAAGCGUUUCGUAGUGUUGCCAAGCAGUGAAAGCGUUCAAGUGGAGGAGACGAGUACUUAUGCCACGCAUGCACUGAGUCAUCUCAUCCGCAAUAAACAUUUAUAGGAUUACCUCAAA